AUGGGAUUGUCCAAGAAGUUCUCUCAGAACGAUGCUGGGAAGUUCUCAAUGGAAGUUGCGUAUGCUGGCUGCGUGAAUGAGAUACACCUGGUCAAGUUCACGACGCGCCUGCACGACAUUGUGAAGCGUGCCUUCAACAAGGCAAAGAGCAUGGCGAACACCGCCGGCGACUGCCAGGGCGACGACGAGUUUGUCGAAUUUCUUGAGUUUCGGCUGAUGCUGUGCUACAUAUACGACUACUUCAAGCUCACCGUUAUGUUUGACGAGAUCGACACCUCCGGCAACAUGCUGGUGGACGCGAAGGAGCUCAAGGCCGCCGUGCCGAAGAUCGGUGAGUGGGGCCUUGUCAUUGAGGAUCCAGACACAGUCUUCAAGCAAAUCGACGACAACGGCUCCGGCCAGGUGUCCUUUAACGAGUUCGCUUCGUGGGCGACUGCCCGCAAGCUUGAUGCUGAGGAUUAUCUGUACGAGGGGAAGAAGUAG